AUGGAAACUACGCCACUAUUAACUCGUCCUAAAAAGAAAUCAAUAUGGUCAAGUUGGGAUUUCUCAUGGUUUCGUAAACGGAGUUUAUGCUCGAGGGUUAUAUAUUUGGGUCAAUUGCCUGACGAUGAAUUUCCGCCCAACUAUGUUUGUAAUCAGAAAUACAAUAUCAUCACAUUCCUGCCUCUUGUGUUGUUUGAGCAGUUCAGGUUUUUUCUCAACCUGUACUUUUUGGUAAUGGCCCUUAGUCAAUUCAUACCAAGUAUUAGAAUUGGUUACUUAUAUACAUAUUGGGGACCACUGUGCUUUGUAUUAGCUGUAACAGUGUUUAGAGAAGCUAUUGAUGAUUUUAGGAGAUAUAGACGUGAUAAGGAAGUUAAUGGACAGCGAUAUGAGCGGAUAGUACUAGAUUCUCCCGUAGAUGGAUAUAGACCAUUUUUAACAGAAUGUGUAGCUGCAUCAGCAUUACGAGUUGGGGAUAUUGUAAUGUUACAUAAAGGACAAAGAGUGCCGGCUGAUAUGAUUCUACUAAGAACUAAUGAGACUAUGGGAACUGUAUUUAUUAGAACUGAUCAAUUGGAUGGUGAAACUGACUGGAAAUUGAGAACACCACUCACGUCUACUCAAAAACUACCCACAGAUGCGCAUUUACUCGAUAUUAACGCGCAAUUGUUCAUAGAAAAGCCUGAAAAGGAUAUACAUUCGUUUAUUGGUACAUGCGCACGCUUGGACGAAGAAGACACGGAUUCCCUUGGAAUAGAGAACACAUUGUGGAGUGGCUGUGUGGUGGCGUCCGGACAAGCUACCGGAUUGGUUAUCUAUACAGGUAGUGAAACUCGCAGUGUGAUGAACAAUGCAACACCACGUUCAAAAAUCGGUCGGCUAGACCUUCGAGUGAAUGACUUCACAAAAGUAUUAUUCGUAGCUACGAUGUUUAUAUCACUACUUCUUAUCGUGCUGAAGGGCUUUGAUGGCCCUUGGUACGGGUUUCUGUUCAGAUUUGUUCUUCUUUUCUCCUAUAUCAUACCUAUAAGUUUACGAGUUAAUUUGGACAUGGGGAAAGCGUACUACUCGUGGACAAUACAACGAGACAAGAAGAUCGAAGGCACCGUGAUGCGGUCGACGACCAUCCCCGAAGAGUUGGGACGCAUUCAGUACCUACUUGCUGACAAAACUGGGACCCUGACCAAAAACGAGAUGGUCUUCCAGAAGCUGCAUCUUGGGAACGCGUUGUUUGAUAAGAAUAAUUUUUAUGAAGUAGAAGCCCUUCUCACCCAAUACGUAACGAACGACGCGCCAUCUUUGCCAAGCACGCCGGUGGGAGACGGCGUGGCGCUGGCGCCGACGCCGCGGCAAGUGUGGCAGGCGGUGCUCGCCCUGGCGCUGUGCCACAACGUCACACCCUCGUACGAUAUUGACGAUCAGCGGGCGGAUGAGGCGCAGUCGGAUAUGGGCAGUUCUGUAAUGUCUGAGAGCUGUGGCGGCUCCGUCCCGCAGCAACAGCUCUGCGACUACCAGGCGUCCAGUCCCGACGAAGUGGCUCUUGUCAAAUGGACUGAUAUGAUGGGUGUGUCUCUGUACCGCCGGGACCUGCACAGCAUCGCGCUGAAGCUGCGCGCCUCCAACGAGAUUAUGUCGUUCAACAUCCUACAGAUAUUCCCCUUCACCAGCGAGGCCAAGAUGAUGGGCAUCAUUGUGCAGGAAGAGAGCAGCCAUGUGAUCACGUACUACGUGAAGGGCGCGGACGUGGCGCUGUCCAAGUUGUUCGACUCCGCGUGGCUGACGGCGGAGUGCACGCGCCUGGCGGCUGAGGGGCUGCGCACGCUCGUUGUCGCUAAGAGGACGCUUACAAAGAACGAGUAUUUGGAGUUUGAGAGCGAAUACAAGGAAGCGCGUCUGAACGGGCGCGCCGCGGCGUGCAUGGCGCGCCUCAACCGCGGCCUGGUGCUGCUGGCGCUGACGGGCGUGGAGGACCGCCUCGCCGACCACGUGCCCGCCACGCUCGCCGCGCUGCGCACUGCCGGCAUCAAGAUCUGGAUGCUGACCGGCGACAAGCUGGAGACGGCGUUGUGUAUCGCGCGCUCGCUGCAGCUGGGCGGCGGGCGCUGGCUGGCGGCGCGCGAAUGCCGCACGCGCGGAGACGCGCACGCGCUGCUACGGGACUUGGCCGCCGCCCCUUCCGCGCCCACCGACAUCGCGCUUGAGGGGGAGACUCUUGAGGUGUGCCUCCAGUCGUACGAGGAGGAGUUCGUGUGCGUGCUGCAGCAGUGCGCGGGCGUGGUGGUGGCGCGCUGCUCGCCCACGCAGAAGGCGCGCGUGGCGCGGCUGCUGCGCGCGCGCGGCGCCGUCGUCGCGGCCGCUGGCGACGGCGGGAACGACGUCGCCAUGAUACAGGAGGCUGACAUUGGUGUGGGCAUCGAGGGCGCGGAGGGGCGCGCGGCGUCGCUGGCGGGCGACGUGUCGACGCGCGCGUUCGCCAGCCUGGCGCGCCUGCUGCUGCUGCACGGCCGCCGCUCGCUCACGCGCUCCGCCGCGCUCUGUCUGUUCAUAGUGCAUCGGGGGCUCAUCGUGUCCACUAUGCAGGCGGUGUUCUCCGUUGUAUUUUACUUCUCAUCAGUGUCUCUGUACCCCGGCUUUCUGAUGGUGGGGUAUGGAACAGUCUUCACAAUGUUACCAGUAUUCUCAUUAGUAUUGGAUAAGGACAUAUCGAGUUCAACAGCGCUCAAAUAUCCGCAACUGUACAAACAGCUCACUAAAGGCCGGCAGCUUUCCUACAAGACGUUCUACAUAUGGAUAGGGAUAUCUAUUUAUCAAGGCGGUGUAAUAAUGUACGGAGCGCUGGUCCUGUUCGAAGAGCAACUCAUACACAUAGUGGAGAUCAGCUACACGGCAUUGAUCCUCACAGAGCUCAUCAUGGUGGCGCUCACCGUGGACACGUGGCACCGCCUCAUGGUGGUCGCCGAGCUGAUCAGCCUGCUCAUGUACACUGCUACCCUACUCAUAUUUACUACGUAUUUUGAUGCUGACUUCAUACGUCAUUGGGAGUUUUGGUGGAAGGUAACAACGAUCACACUCGUCUCGUGUCUACCGCUGUAUAUAGUCAAGUAUAUGCAUAGGAAGUGGAGUAACCGCCAGUACAAAAAUAUACGUAAA